GUGGGAUUGGGCCGAGUUCCGGCGCGAGACAGCUUUUGAGAAGAGCGGAGAGCGGCUGCUGGGAGGCGUGAGGUAGCGAUGUUCCGGAUCGAGGGCCUCGCGCCGAAGCUGGACCCAGAGGAAAUGAAACGGAAGAUGCGCGAAGACGUGCUCUCCUCCAUACGGAACUUUCUUAUCUACGUGGCCCUGCUGCGAGUCACUCCUUUUAUCUUAAAGAAAUUGGACAGCAUAUGAAUAUUGGGCCUCACAUGUGAAUGCAUGAGAUGAAGAUCCUGGUUACAGUUUCUGCUCCCUUCUGCAAGUGAAUAGGCCCGGAAAGAUGUAAGAAACUCUUUGAUUGAAUGGACAUAAAAAUUCUACUUGUUAAGAACAAGCUUGGCUCUGGUGACCAACCUUUAUAGCUGAAAUAGGAGACUGUUUGGGAAGUAUGAAAAGACUUCUUGUGGUCAUAGUGCACCUUUAUGCCUGUGAUAUUCAGCCCCCGUGAAUGUUGGUAUAAUUGUAAGUAAUGUUAAACUCCAUGUUCUAGCAAGUAUUAAAGGGUACUUAUGUCUGAAA